CCUUAUUAAAAAAUAGAAACAAAAUAGAUCCCGACAUCGCCAGAAAAUCAAAGAGGGGAAGGAGGGAAAAGGGGAAAAAAAAGGAAAAAGCCCUCGCAACUCCUAACUGAAAUUUGGGGCGUUGGUUGUUAAUUUGAUAGGGCUGCUGCUUCUGUAGCCUCUGCCCUUCCUUACAAAUUCAAAGAAGGAAAAGAAAUGCCCGGAAUUUCAAUUACUGUAUAAACCAUGCGACUGGGCUGGUGGUCGGUUGUGGAUUCAAAUGAAGAGAGUCGAGAAUCAACAUCAGCAUCAGCAUCAUAAUCAUCAUCGAGUGAUUGAGAUUAUUGAUGGUGGUAGUGGUGUUAAUUUUAUUAAUGAAUGGGAUUUGAAUUGCAGAUGAGUUGGCAACCGAGUUUACUGAGUCAGAAAAGGAAAAAUCGUCCUCCUUUAGGGUUAAGAAACCUCGGCAACUCUUGCUAUCUCAAUAGCGUCCUUCAGUGUCUCACUUACACUCCUCCUCUCGCCAAUUUCUGCCUCCGGUUACAACACUCCUCUCUCUGUGAUUCGGUUUCGAACGGUGAGAGAAAGCGUGAUUGUCCGUUUUGUAUAUUAGAGAAAAGGAUUGUUAGGUCCUUAAGCCUAGACCUGACACUAGAUGCUCCGGCUAAGAUCCAGAGCUGUCUCAAGAUUUUUGCCGAACACUUUAAGGGCGGUCAACAAGAGGAUGCCCAUGAAUUCUUGCGAUAUGUUAUUGAUGCUUGCCAUAACACUUGCUUGCGGCUCAUGAAGCUGCGGCGCAAGGGAAUUAACAGUAAUAAUAAAAAUUAUGACAAUGAUACAACUACUAGUACUAGUACGAGUACUAGUGUUGUUAAAGAGAUAUUUGGGGGCACUUUGCAAAGUCAAGUGAAGUGUUUAUCGUGUCAUUCUGAGUCGAAUAAAGUUGAUGAGAUUAUGGAUAUUAGUCUUGAUGUUUUGCAUAGUAAUUCACUUAGAGAAGCUAUGCAGAAGUUUUUUCAGCCUGAGAUCUUGGAUGGAAACAACAAGUAUAGAUGUGAAAGAGACUUAUGCUUGUUUAGUUGUAAGAAAUUGGUGGCAGCAAGGAAGCAAAUGUCUAUUCUUCAAGCGCCUAAUAUCUUGGUGAUCCAACUAAAGAGAUUUGAGGGCAUAUUUGGUGGCAAGAUUGAUAAGGCUAUUGCAUUUGAAGAAGUUUUGGUACUGUCAAGCUUCAUGUGCAAAGGAAGCCAGGAUCCACGGCCAGAGUAUAAUCUUUUUGGCACCAUUGUGCAUUCAGGAUAUUCACCGGAAUCUGGACACUACUAUGCAUAUAUCAAGGAUGCAACGGGUCGGUGGUAUUGCUGCAAUGAUUCAUAUGUGACGCUUUCAACAAUGCAAGAUGUCUUGUCAGAGAAGGUCUAUAUUCUUUUCUUCUCUCGCAGUAACCAAAGACCAGGAUCUGCAGGGCCCUCUGUUACUCCCAUAAAACCGUGUAAUCCCAAUGGCUGCGAGGCAUCUAACAUUCCAAAGGUUACUGUUUCACCUAACGCAGUGGAUGCAGAGGCAUCUGUUGAACAACCUUCACGCAAGGAUAUUCCUUCCAUGUCUAAGGUUGAUAAAGUGCCUUCUAGUCCACGGGUAAAAUUUAAUAUUUUUGGAAAUUCCGUUUCAAAGAGGAUUCUGCCAACCGGUGACGGAAAGGCUGAAAGUCAUAAGAGUCAAAAUAUGGAAAUGAAUGGGAGCAUGAAAGACAGAGUUUAUGUGGAGAAACAUGACAAAGAUAUGCCAUCAACAAUUAAUGGAAAUGGUUGUAAUAAGAGUAGGAAGAUUAAUGAUGGUGAGACUGGCCAAGCAAUUACAAAAGCAAGUGCAAAUGGUGUCACCCAAAAUGGUGCUUCUGAUUCAGGAAAGCCGUGUCUCUAUGAGUCUAACGGUAGCGCAUCAACAGACAAAGGACCUGGUCAACAUAAAUUGCAAAAUGGUGGAGUGAAUUGCCACUCUGGCAUUCCAGAGUUGAAGAGAAAAUUAAAGGAGGAUUCUUGCAUUUUGAUUGCACAGGAUGCUCAAUCUCGGACUGAAGUAAAAGAGUUGAAAGAAGCUCUCAAGCAAGAAGCUUCCACAGUUUUGCGAUCAUGUGGUUGGUCUAGUAAGGUAUACAGUUUUAUGUGUUCAAGGAAGAGGUUAUGUGCACGAGAACCAGGAAAUCUUCCAAGUGAUAUUGACUUAAAGAAACUGUUGAUCGCAGAGGCCAAGUCAACCUUUAUAUCGCAGAUACCUGAGUCAUUGAAAGAGGAUCUAGUUAAACGUCUUCAGUCAUUUAGCCAAGAGAAGUGACAUUGUUUGGACCAGUAACUGAGUCUUUACAUGGUUGUUUGUGGAGGUCUGUGUAUAAACUGUACAACUGACUGAGGAAAGUAAUCUCUUUGCGGAAGAAUAUAAUUGGGGAGGAUAUUUUUAUAACCCGUGUCUUUGAGCAAGUUUCGGUGAUAAGUGGUUGCUAUAGCAGCCUUAGAAUUUUUACUUCUAUUGUUAAUUGGCUAUACUGGCAGUAGGUUCCCAAUUGAGAUGAAAGGCUGAUGUGAUCUUAAUAUUGGCAGCAGUUUUCUUCCUUGAGCCUCCAAAGAUGGUUUUGGUGAAGAACUCUGGGAAUCUUAUAGAUUUUUGUACUAUAUCCUUUUUGGCAGUAUUGUUUAGAUUUUGCACAUAUAUAAAAUUUUGUUCAGAGAGAACCCUCCUGAAUGUAUUACCAUCAUUGAGUUUUUCUUCCUCCAUAUAUGAGUAGACUUCUUUUUCCCA